AAACUAAAAAGCCUCUCCCCAACUGCGCACAGUUUGUAAUCAGUUGACGAAGUUGAAGUCGAAUAUUUAUUUCUUUUUAUUUUUGUAUUUUCGAAAAAAUGUCCGUGGGGCCGCCACCGAUGGCUACGUCUCCCAAUUUUCUGUUGACAAAAAUUGUUAAAAACUAACAAAUUCGUUGUUUUUGAUGUGAUAUUUAAACAAUUCGUGUGUUUUUAAGUGUUUUUUGUUUAAGUGCUUAAGUGUUUUGUACCCAAAACCCAAACCCAAAGUGAAAAUAAAGAAAUAGAAAAGAAAAUCCUCAAAUAAUUUGAAAUAAAAAUAUAAAAAUGAGUGUGUGGCUGGAUACAGAUGAUCAACAUCGCUUUGGAAUUGCUAAAGACAAUUUCGAAGAAGACGAUAAGCCUCACAGAUUGACACUGGAUGUUGGCGAUUCCGUUGUGAUCCUCAAAGAACUUGCCCAAUGGUAUUACGGAUAUAAUACGAAAAAUAAAGACAAACGAGGAAUCUUUCCAAAAGCUUACAUUCAAACUGUUGAAUGGGUUCUCAUUAAGGGAGACUAUUAUAUAAAACGUUCAGAAAUAGUCGAAGAAACAACAAAAGUGAUAUUAGAAUGGGGUCGUUUACUAAAACACUACUAUCUGAACUGCCAUCCAGAUUUUGUUGCAAUAAAACUAAAAAUGUUCCAAUUGAUUCAUCUUAGGGCGAUUCUUAUAUCCGCCAAUCUUCCAGCAGAUGAAAUGCGCCAAAUUAAAUUGUUAGCCACAUCGCAAAUAGACACAGGAAAUAGUCAGCUUGGAUUGGAUAUGGUUGUGCGAGACGAAGGCGGCAAUAUGCUCGACACAAAUGCCACUUGUACAACUGAGUUGUAUGAACAUCAUUUAAAUGCUGUUGAUCGUAUUCGAAGGGCGAAUAAUCCCCUCGCAAAACAUCGUACGUCACGUACAAUGAACAAAUAUUCACACAACGUCCUGCUUACGGUCCAUGCAUUUGUUUGUAAAUUCCAAGAGGACUCAGAUCUUCUGUUCACAUUGUAUAAUGGAGAAACCCAUAAGCCAAUUACAGAAAACUAUGUUGUUCGGUGGGGUCGAUUGGGCAUUGCACGUGACAUCGAUCAAUUCGACAAUAUUCGUGUACUCUUCACAGACCUAAGCACAAAUGACCUUAACAUCAGUAUGUUAUACUUGGUUUGUUUUGCUGUUCGAAUUGGUUCAAUGGAGAUGAAGGAUAAGGAUCGAGAUAAGGAAAAGGACAAGGAAAAAAGAUCAAGCUUAUCUGGAACGAGAUUGAGUUCGGCGAGUAAGAAAAGUUCACAGCUAUCGAUAAGUUCGAAUGGCUCGUUAGGAUAUAGUAUAGAACAAAUGCGGCGUCCAUUUGGAGUAGCUUGUAAAGAUUUGACGCCAAUUAUUGGCAAACCAGAUGAUUUCAAGAGAAAUCUUGACUUGCCGUUUAUUUUGUGUGAGAAGGAUAACUUUGAUACGACCUUGAAGAAGCUGAUGGCAAACAAGGAUAUGGGAAAAAUCGACUCGAAGGUGGCUGUGAGUCUAGAAGUACUGCAGGGAGAUAUUAAACAGGUGAAAGAGGAAUUUCCUCAUCUUAUACAUGGAAAAGUGCCACUUGCUCGUAAAAUGGGUUUUCCCGAAGUAAUCUUACCAGGCGAUGUUCGCAAUGAUCUCUACUUAACGCUAAUGGGAGCCGAAUUUUCCAGAAGUGCUAAAAGUAGUGAGAAAAACGUUGAAGUGACAGUUUAUGUUUGCAACGAAAAAGGUGAAGCUGUGCCUGGUGUGAUGAGCGUCGGUGUUGGACAUCCUCCUGUCGAUGAAUAUAAAUCGGUUGUCUACUAUCACGAAGAUAAACCAAAAUGGUUGGAAACCUUUAAAAUUCAUGUGCCAAUUGAUGAAUUCAAACAGUGUCAUUUGAAAUUCUUGUACAAACAUAGAAGUUCUAACGAACAAAAGGAUCGUAAUGAAAAACCCUUCGGUUUGUCUUAUGUCAAAUUGAUGCAAAAUAAUGGCACAACUAUAACACAAGGACAACAUAAUUUAAUAGUUUAUAAAAUCGAUCACAAGAAAUUCGAUAAAAAUUGUAUUAUUUCGUAUAUGGAUCUACCAUCGACAGUUUCUGAGUUGCAACCUGGUACUAAACCUUCAACGCUUGGACUGACAUUGCUAUCAAAAGAUAGCGUAUCGAUUGGUGUUAAUUUAUGUAGUACAAAAUUGACACAAAGUGUAAGCUUACUGGGUUUACUUAAUUGGUCUGCACACAAAGAAUCUCUAGAAGAUUCACUGAAAGCUCUUGCAACAGUUCCUGGAGAAGAAGUUGUUAAAUUUCUACAAGACAUUUUAGACGCUCUAUUUAACAUUUUGGUGGAAAAUGACAAUCACGAACGAUAUGAUAAUCUAGUUUUCAUGAGCAUCAUUCAUCUCGUGGAAACUGUUUCCGAUCUAAAAUAUCAACAUUUCUUGUCAGUUCUAGAUGUUUAUAUCAAUGAAAGCUUCUCAGCUACGUUGGCAUAUAAUAAAUUAAUUGACAUAUUACAAAAUCAUAUACGUGAAGCUAUCAAUGCGGGCGCCAUAAAUAACUACGAAGCCGAUGAGGAAAAAGCCGAAGUCAGACGAUUGUAUAAAACUACAAAAUUCUUACAUUACGUAAUGAAAUUCAUUAUUCGAUCGAGAAUACUCUUUGCCGCGUUGAAUGAUAAUUCUAAUGUUGAAGACUUUGAAAAUAAACUUGAAGAACUUCUGAAUAUGUUCAUCGAGAUGAUUGAUUGUCCCACGGAUCUUUUAAAAUCUGAAGGUGCACUUUUAAAGAAUCUUCAUGUGAUUGCAACAGAUCUUCUUCAAGUUUAUGACAAAGUCGAAUUGAGUAAUAGCAUAGUUAAGAUAAUGAUGAAGUUCCCACCAGGUCGUUUGACCCAAUCGAAGAUGGUGUGCAUCAAGGACUUUGUCGAUUCGAAAUUAUUUCACUAUCCCGAAUGCAGAGCCAUACUCUUGCCGGUCUUUUGUAAGCACAUUAAAGAUCGCCUUGAAAGUGGAGAGGAGGGCGACUGCAAAUCCGAUAUAUGGCAACAAGAAAAGAAUCUUACAAAAGCAGCUAAAGUUUUGGGGCAAUUAAAAUCACAACUGCAUACACGUGAAACUACAGCUAAGUUAAAGGUAAACGAAUGCAUCAACAUAAUGAACAACAUUCUGAGACUCCUCUUUCGCGAUGAUAUUGGCCCAACAGAAGAUGACAUCAAAGAUGUUAUGCUCAUCUUACUACGUACUGUGAUCAAAACCUCCCAGGCCAUGGAUCGAGAGAAUCCUUUGGUGGGAAAUCUAGUUGCCAUUAUGUUGGGAAUUCUUCGAAGUAUGAGCGAUUAUCACUACGAGACAUUUGUGCGGAGUUUUAGCAAUAGAUAUGACUUGCAAAGUUUUAUCAUUGAACUACUGUUGGUGUUCCAAGAACUCGUAUCACCACAUCCCAAGCCAGUUUUUCCCAAAGAUUGGAUGGACAUGAUUAUGCACCAAAAUACUGUAAUUCUGGGAAGUUUACAAAAGCUCUCGACGGUUAUAAUUGAUGCGUUCUUCGAUCCAUUCGAAAAGCAGGUGUGGUCAAACUAUUUCCAGUGUUCGAUUGCGUUCCUGAUACAAUCCCCAUUGCAAUUGAACGACUUCUCAGACAACAAACGAGCAACGAUAUUCGAAAGAUAUCAAGACAUCCGCAAAGAGACUGCCAACGAGAUUCGAAAAAUGUGGUUCCAGCUGGGCGAGCACAAACCGAAAUUCGUUCCGCAAUUGGUUGAGCCAAUUCUCGAGAUGAGCAUGAUCCCAGAGGUGGAACUGCGAAAAGCCACAAUUCCGAUAUUUUUCGAUAUGAUGCAAUGUGAGUAUUACAGUUCGAAGAUGCUGAUGGACAGCUAUGGAGACACAAAGCGGAAUAAUGCCCAUUACAAGGCUAACUUCAAUGAAUUCGAAACCGAGAUGAUCGAGAAGUUGGAUGUGUUCAUUGGAGCGGGCAAAGGCGACCAUGAAUUUAAGGAUCUCUUUAAAAAAAUCAUGCUAGAGAAUUGCAUGGCACACAAUAUACUCAAUGUUGAAGGAACAAGAUUUGUCAAUAUGGUCACGAAGCUCAUGGAACGAUUGCUCGAGUAUCGUUCGAUCAUUCAAGACGAAAGCAAGGAAAACCGCAUGGGUUGUACUUUCAGUAUACUUCAGUUCUAUUUGGAAGUUAAUCGCAAGGAGAUGUACAUACGAUAUGUGUAUAAACUGUGUGAUCUGCACAUGGAGCUUGAGAACUACACCGAGGCUGCAUUUACUCUCAAGUUGCAUACAAAUCUGUUGCAGUGGAACGACACAGAAUUGUCGCCUCUGCUGAGAUCGCAUCGACAUAUAAGAUGUCACACCCACAGACAACUCAAGGAAGCCCUCUACUACGAGAUUAUCGACUAUUUCAACAAGGGAAAGGUCUGGGAGUGUGCAAUAGAUAUGUGCAAAGUGCUGGCCAAGCAAUACGAAGAAGUGACUUUUGAUUACCUUAAGUUAGCUGAUUUGUACAAAACAAUGGCAGAGUUCUUCGAAAAAAUUCUCAAAGAAAUGCGCCACACUUCGGAGUACUUCCGAGUUGGUUACUAUGGAAUGAAAUUCCCGAAUAUAUUCCGAAAUAAAGUGUUUGUUUUCCGAGGCAAGGAAUACGAGCGUCUGAGUGACUUUUGCACUCGAAUCUUAGUCCAGCAUCCAACAGCAGAGCUAAUGCAAACGUUGACCACACCCGGCCCGGAGAUAACCCAGGCAGAUGGGCAGUACAUUCAGAUAAACAAUGUGGAACCGAUUAUGGAUGAGGCUUUCAGCAAAUUCAAUGACAACGUCAUUUCAAAUGAGAUUGCCAAGUAUUACACAUCGAACAAUGUCCAGAAAUUCAAAUACUCCCGACCGUUCAGGGAGAAAGAUAGCGGAGGUGAUGAUGUUCGAGGUUUGUGGCUAGAGAGGACAGUUAUUACGACAAGUUUUCCUUUGCCUGGCAUACUCAGAUGGUUUCCUGUGGUUAAUUCUGAGAAGUUUAAGAUAUCUCCCAUCGAACUGGCUGUAGAAACAAUGGAAUCAACUAACAAAGCUCUCCGUGAUUUGAUCAUAUCACAUAGGAACGAUGAGAAUAUUCCCAUAAACCCGUUGAGUAUGAAAAUCAACGGAAUUGUUGAUCCAGCUGUCAUGGGGGGAUUUGGAAAAUACGAGGAGGCUUUCCUAACGCCGGACUAUCUGGAAGAAAAUCCCGACGAUGAGGAACUGGUGGACAGGCUCAAGGACUUAAUUGCUUCACAGAUACCGCUUUUGGAAAUAGCUAUUUCUGUGCAUAAAUCAAAGGCACCCGAAAGCUUGAAACUUUUCCACGAACGAAUUGAGAAAUGUUUCAGUGAAAUGCAAACAUAUGUCGAGAGUAAAUAUGGAAAGAAGUCAUGUGAUCUUAAAUUUGAAAGAGAUUCGUUUGUACUUUUGCGUCGAAAUGGUUCGAUGAUGCAUCAAAUGUUUGACGGUAGUAAUCGUCUAUCAGAAACGAGUAUGGGUUCCUCAGAUAGUGGCCUAUCGAAGUCAACAUUUUAUGGACGAGCACAAAGCAAUUCGAUCAAAUCUACAUUUGCUAGCUUCAAUUUCAAUACGAACAUAACCAGAACUACGCUCGGCCAUUCACCAAGUGUUAAGAGUAAAUCCAAAGAGAAGACACCAACUAAACGAAGACCAAUUAAGAAGCUUGAUAGAGACGCACUUAGUCUACCUGUAGCGAAUAGUCAAUGGUAUACGACACCUUUGUCAACGAUAACAUCGACACCUGAAAAAGACUCACUAUCGUUAACAUCAGCCUCGAAUACAUCGCUAUCGAAACCAAAUCAAGAUCCAAGAGUACUAACCGAAGAGCUAACUGCAAAACGACCACUUCGAUCGGAGAAGGAGAAAGAGCGUCGUCUCUCACGACCAGCUAGUAUAGCAACGCCCACAUCUAGUAUGAAAGGUUUCUCUGCCGCUGAUACUCAAUCUCUAUCUGGGGGCGAUAGUAGUAAUCGAAAUUCAGUUGAUAUCGUUGAUACAACUGAUUCAACGUCUGAAGAAGACCUUAAACCACCACCUUUACCAGCUAAAACACGUGAUUCAUCUGACUUUACAAGUCUGACCGGAGGAAUCGACUGGACACAGAGCAGUUCCUUUUCAGCAAUGAGUCCCACCAGUAUUAUGAAUUCAACAUAUGAGUAUGUUGAAACUACAAAUCCUGUCCUAACCGACGAUAAGCGAAGGCCACCGACUCCGCCGCCAAAACCAUCAAGAAAUACGAAGCACAUUCCAUAACAGUUUCACAAUAAAAUUAUUUUUUUUGUUUCUUUUUAAAUUAAAAAAAUACUGCUCGUACUCGCACAAUGCAAAACGCACAACGCACAAAAAUAAUAGUAAUAAUAUUGCUGGUUGUAAUGUCAGAAAUAUCGCAACGCCAAAUACUACUUUUUAAGGACCCUUAAAAACUGUGUUUAGCUCUAAGUGUAUCCUUCGAGGAUCCAAUAAUAAUAUAUUUAAUGUCUUCCUUUUUUUGAAAUAUUCUUUUUGAUGUUAUAAAAUUGUAAAAUACUAUACGUACAAAUCAGCAAGGGAAACGAACACAAAUGCUAAUGACAUUAAUUUUAUAGUAGAACUGUUUUAUUUAAAUUUUACAAGUCUUUUGUUACAAUUUUAUAAAUAAUAUAUUGUACUCAAUGUUGAUAUUUCUAACUUUUCUUAUACACUUAAAAACAUUCAUUUAUAUAUUGACCAAAACAAAUUAUUAAUACCAGAACCAUCUAAAAGAUCUUAUGAAAAAAGUAAAAUAUACCGAAACAAAAACACAAGUGCCACAAUUCUAAUUUUACAACAAAAACAUUUUUAAACUACUUACAAACUUAACAAAAAGUCAUAUAAAUAUUUAUGUAUGUACGUUUUUUUUUUGUUUUUAUUUUAAUAUUUAAAUAUUAUUUUAAAUAAAUUUUUCGACCAUAGGAUUUAGUAGUUAGUUAAGUAAAACAAAAAUAGAAAAGAUAUGCAUGUUCACCACAGUCUUUUUAAUAUUAGAUAAAACAAAA